AUGGUAUUACAUAAUUGCAAUAAUCUUGAACCUCGAGCUAAUGGACAAAUAAAAUUAUUUUACAUGGAUAAUCGUACAUUCAUAUUUCAUAAUGCUCAAGAUUUUUACAUGCUACUCUGCGAUCGAUUAUAUAAUUUAAAAAGACUAUCAUUUGGUAUCUAUGAUUCAUGGAAUGAAUGGAGUUGGAAACCAUCAAGUAGACGACAAUUAUAUGAACAAUUACUUAGUCGACCUUAUUGA